GUAAUUCAUAAAUGCUCCUCUCCUCCGAUCUCUCCGCCAUAAAAUCUACUCUUUCUUCUUCUGGGUGUUCAAAGAAUUAGUCGUUCUCGCGUAUUCACUUUCCAUGGCGGGCUUUCUCUCCGUUGUCCGGCGCGUGUACCUCACUCUCUACAAUUGGAUCGUCUUUGCUGGAUGGGCUCAGGUUUUGUACUUAGCGAUAACGACGUUGAAGGAAACGGGUUAUGAGAAUGUCUAUGACGCCAUUGAGAAGCCUCUCCAGCUUGCUCAGACUGCCGCCGUUCUCGAGAUUCUUCAUGGAUUAGUAGGUUUGGUCAGAUCUCCUGUUUCUGCAACUCUGCCACAGAUAGGUUCAAGGCUAUUUCUCACUUGGGGCAUCCUAUACAGUUUUCCAGAGGUCCGAUCUCAUUUUCUUGUUACGUCGCUGGUCAUAAGCUGGUCUAUCACAGAGUUUCCUAUCACAACAUGGAUUGUUGAAAUUAUUCGCUACUCAUUCUUCGGCUUUAAGGAAGCUCUAGGCUUUGCACCUUCAUGGCACUUGUGGCUCAGAUACAGCAGCUUUUUAUUGCUAUACCCUACCGGUAUCACCAGCGAAGUUGGUCUUAUCUACCUUGCCUUACCACACAUCAAGACAUCGGAGAUGUACAGCGUUAGGAUGCCUAACAUAUUGAACUUCUCAUUUGACUUCUUCUAUGCAACGAUACUCGUCCUUGCAAUCUAUGUCCCAGGUAGCCCACACAUGUACAGGUACAUGCUUGGUCAGCGAAAGAGAGCUCUCUCCAAAUCCAAGAGGGAAUAAAAGAAAAGAUUUAGAAAGAGACGAAAAAGCUCAUCAACUGUUUUCUCCUCUUGUCUUGUUCGUUCAUGUACUACUAGUCUACUACUACAACUUGUCUUUUGUUUAGCUUGUUUGAGCUUUUACUUCCUCGGCGAUUACUUGAACUUACAUGCAGCAGGAUACUAUUAAGUGUAAUGUGGUUUCUAAAUUAAUAAGAAAAUCAUUGGUUCCUUCUCAGUAGAAAUGAAAAAGUUGAUUUAAG